GGUGUACUGUGUACCCAACAUGUAAAUUCAAUAGAAUACGUUUAAAAAAAUAAAUUUUGUCCGGAGACUCCAUCGAUAAUCGUUAUGAAUUACGGGGAUUCCCCACAUAACAAACGUUACCAAGACAUUUUUAAGUUUUGGGCGGCUAGGCUUUUUUUCUGCAUUAUUCAGUUUUGAGAAGCAGUUAUGUUAUUUUCACUGUGUAUCGUUUGUUUAAUUACUGGAUUUUCUAACGGACAAACAUCAGGAACCAAUCCAGCAUUCGAAAACAUUGCUCCUUGUGGAUGCGAUCUGACUUUGAACCAAUAUGAUAACAACUGCUGUUGUGACCCAGACAUUACGAAUGAAGGGAAUAUAUCAAACUGCAUUUCUGGACCUUACGGAGGAAACUUUAUGACUUUUGACGAUAGAAUAUGUCGAUUUAAUCAAUCUUUCACUCCUGAUUGGUUUCCUUUCCUCUGCAUUCAGUUUUUAAACUCUCCUGAUCUGGGGUUGUAUUACUAUCCAUCCAUUGCACCAGGCUCAACAGUGACAGUUUCUUCAGUUCAAUACAAUUACGCCGAAGUAAUAUCGACAAGCGUUUGUGGCCAGAGCACCACACAUACAUAUGGUGUUGCAAUCGGUGCAAAAUCUAGUGGUGUCGAUACUUGUUUGAGACUGCCUCAAAAUUCAAUUUCUGGCAACUGUAUAUCAAGUCCAGUUCGAUAUCUUGUGGAUACAACAGCAUCGUGUGAUACAACAACAUCCGAAAUCCUCUGCUCAGCUGGAACGAAACUUGAUGCAGCUUAUUAUACAUCCUUCAGCAUAGGCAAUAUUGUUGCCAGCGUCUCCUACUUUUGCUCUCGAACAAUCAAUGACCCUCUUUAUGUGAAGACCAACCUUGGCUCAACAAGCACAAAUACUGAAAGUCUUUUUCAGCAAACUUCACUGACAACAGACCCGACUACUUGCAACUAUGCUGCACCAUUAUUUUCGUCUGCUGGCUCUUCUUGUCAAAAUUCGGUGGCAUCAGUCAGCUAUACAAUUACCUGGAACGGAACGAACAUAACUGCUUUUGAUGUUGCGGUUACUUUGGUAAAUGUUAGCUUGACUACUACGGAUUUAGUAUCUUCUGGAUCUGGACCGAAUUUCGUACUGGCUCAGAAAUUCACUACAACAUUUGUUCCAUCGACUUCAACGAAUGCUGUUGCACAAUCCGGAGAUCCCGGUUACGAAUACGGACUUCCAAUUAUCAGCGCGGAAGACACAGGAGCAACUGAAGUCAAUAGGACGACGCAAUUGAGCGUUUGGAGUCCAACGUCUUCUGGUCGUUGUGCUGAUGCUUCUCUCACCCAACCACUGUUCGGAUAUGAUUCUGUAUCUGGAUGUACGCUUGUAUUCAGCUAUCAAAACUGUACUCAACUUCGUGCAUUGGUUGAAGCUGAGCAGCUCAAAUUAUUAUCAGCAAAUCGGGUAUCUCGAUUUGGAAAUCCGAGUAACACCGCAUCAUCUGUGGAUUGGAUCGCAGUUAUAAAUAAUAUCACCGAUUUCGUUGAAGAGAAUGUCACUGCAGGGCAAUGCCAAGGAAUCCCGAGUCACGUGGUAUUAGAAAUUUUAUGGGCUAAAACAGGAGAAGGAAAUAAUGUUGAUAUACGAGAAAUUGUUGGUGCAAGAGUAGACUUGGUUCGUGAAACGUGGGAAAUUCGUUGCGUAGAAGGCGAAACAAAUUGUGAGUUUUACACAUAUUCAAUAUAUAGCACUGUCACAUUCACAGAAGUUCCACCGCAGGCUACAACUCCACUGACUCUGUACGAGAUCAACAGAAAUGACACUUGCAAACGAGAUGCGACAUGUUGGCCUGAAUUACUUCUACCCAUUCAACCUGAAUUUUUCUAUCUGUAUGAUCUCACAACGGCAGACACUUUGAGAUCAUAUAACUAUGGUUGGGCUUUACUUGUGACAUUCUUUUCAGUUGCUGCAGCGGUAGUACCAGCUCAUUGGAGUUCUGUCGGUCGAUAUUUGAAGCAAGUUUUACCACUGUGAAUCAAGAAUUUCAUAUAGUUAUUGUGGUACAUGGUGUAAACACAUGCUGCAAGCCUCGAUUGGAUAGGGUGCAAGUCUUAAAAUCAUUCCACUGUUUUUUUUUGUAUAUUUUUUUCUAUAUUGAUAGCUUUUGUACCUACCAGUUAUUCAUGAAAUAUCUCUUAUUUUUAUAAGCAAAAAGCGAUAUCAUCACAUGGAACUUGGCUAAAUGAAAACAGCAGCCCAUCGUUAGACAUAACCAUAUGUUUAGUUUUGAAUAUAUAUC